UCGUCCAAUGUGGUAGCCGUGUGUUGGUGUGACAAUCAUGUUCCGUAUGUAGUACAUAGGUAUCACCAGCUAACAUUAAAGGCGGCCGUGUCGAUAAAGGAAUGUGGAUUUGCAUUCAUCGCACUUGUUCAACAUUUUUUUUUUCCAACUCAAUUUCGGUGUAUUAGUUCCUAAACAAAUUCUCCAAUACGUAUUAUUCGAAUUUUCGAGUGGCCAUCGCCAUCGGCCGGUGGGUGGAUAGCGACAAACCGUGAUACGCGCUUUUCAACAUGUAUAAUUAUUAUUCUCACAACAAAAAUAAAUGAUGAUAAUUGAUGUUUAAUUAACCGAUUAACCAGGAGGGAAAAUAAAAACAAAAAACCAUUGCUACCGAGUCGACUAAACACGGCAGCCGAUAACAUUUAUUGUACAAAUUAGAGGUUAGGUAAAAUAAUUAAAGUCGGUGUUUACUUGUUGUUUUUUUCUUUUGUAUGUUCAAAUCGAUUUGUUAGUUAUUAUCAUACCAAUUUAUACGAUAUAAAUAUAAUAUAGGUAUUUAGAAAAAAAGACUUACCUUUUUCGCCAAUAUGUAUUCAGACUUUUUAGAGUCGCCUUCAAAAGAUUGUUUUUCGUUCAACGAUCAGUCAUCGUCAUAUGACAUGACCGAGAUGAACGAGCUUAGCAGUCAAGUCAAUUUGGAUUACAUUUUCGAUUCUUAUUAUUCGUCGGCAUCGCGCUAUAAUACUGGUUUCGAACUUCCAGAGGAUUGCAAAAAUAUGAGUUUUUCAGAACUGUUUGAUCAAGAACUGUUUAGCACUAAUGACAACAAAGACUGUAAAAUCACCAUUAAAAUAGAGAAAGAAGAACCUAUAACACCAUGUUACUCUGCCGAAAAUUCACAAGAAGAAACAUUCAGUAGUCAGACGGCAAUAGAAUUUGAUAAAACCAAUAUUCCUAUAUCCAUAAAUACUCCUAAUAUUGCUAGCUCGAACCGAGGAAUCAAUAGAACUUCCAUAAAAUCUGAUAUUAACUCGAACGAUGUACAAAAUUUAAUUAAUAACCCAUUUCAUGAGACGACUACUUUAAAUCCAACCAUCGAAAAAAAUACAUCGACAACUGAAACAAUUGUUAAAUGUGAUGUGAAAAAUGAACCAUUAGAAGAAGAAACUUUCGAACAAAGCAUUGUUAAAUUGGAAGUCAAAUCUGACGAGUUGGUCAGCACAGUAAACGACUUAAAUAAUAUUGAGUGCGAUAUGUACGAAGAAACGUGCGUUAGCAUAGAUGAGGCAACACAACCCAUUGAAGAACCUCUAACCUCUAUCGUCAAACAGGAAGUAGAGAUAGAAAUUACAGCUGAUGAAACUAGUAGUAACUGUUCUUCUACUUGUGCUGUUAAAAACGAAUCUAGCUUAGAAACUGAAAAGAAAAAAAUUUCAUGGGAAGAGUUUAGAGCAAAAAGAGGCAAAAACUUAAUAAAACCAUCUGAAAACAUCGAGUUAGAUUUCUCACUUGUAGCAACUGAUAAUCACAAGGUGGAAGCAAUCAAAAAAGAGUUUGAUCGUAAUACGGACGAGCACUUUAUUGGCCAAAAAAGAAAGUUGGAUAGUGUCAAAGAAGAAAAAACUCCCAUCAAAGAUAUAAGCGAUGAAGAAGAUCAAGAACUGCAAAGAAAAAGAAUGAAAAUUGAAUACAUAAAAAAAAUGCUCCCAUCAUCAUUUGCUUCUGAGAUAGCCAAGACGUCAAUCUUUAUGAAAGGCAGCGGAGUAGAGAACAAGGAGGACGAUGAAAUCGAUACUGCUUCAAACGAAUUGGACAUAUCUUAUGAUAAAUUACCAGUGAAAAAUGAUGAUCCGUUGUUCUUGAAAAGAGAUGACAAAUUGCAAAAGAAAACCCAUCAGUCGAAAGUUUAUUCAUCUUCUUCUCGUAACUCCUCAAGGUCUGAUUAUUGUAACAAGAGUAGCCGAUCAUCGUCUAUAUCGUCCAAUUCCGAUGAUUAUUAUAAUCGUAACAGAUUCGAUGUUCUUUCUCCAUCGGGGGUUCAAUACGGUCAACCUAUGCGCAACUCCGGUCAAAGGCCUAAAGAACAGAAAAGGGUCGUAUAUGUCGGACAAAUACCCAUUAAAUAUGGCAAGCGUUACCUUUACAAUCGUUUCAAGGAAUUCGGAACGAUACAGUCUCUUACGCUUCACAAGAAACCCGAUUUCCGUGUGUACUAUGCGUUUGUAACUUAUUCCGAAAAGUCUGAAGCCGAACGUGCUAUAAACCACGGAAACGAUGAUGAGAGUCAAGUCAAACUAGAUAUCAGAUUCGGCGAAAGAAAACAAACUCAAACACCUUAUUAUGAUUUGGAUGAUGAAUGGUUAACCGAUUGGUAUAAUUACAAUCAACCGAUUCCAGUAGUGAGAACGCAUAGUCCAGAGCAAGUGACAUUCGAAGAAGAGUUACAAGAAUUUUAUAAGCUUGCUCAAAUUAAGAAAUUAGGUCAAAUUAAGACCCAAGUGUCUUGACAUAUAAUUCCUGUUUUAUUUCACCGUGUAGUGAUGGAAUAAAAAAAAAUGUAAUACAUAUUGUUAAUUUUUUCUUUUAAA